GUUGAAUCAGACUUGGAUGCACAUCUCUGUCUUUCGUGUUCCACACUUCACAAAAAUUAUCUGAUCAACACCAGGAGGCUUGUUUAGCAACAAGACAUUGUCAUUCUAGUUAUUAGUCUCCACAUUCUCCCAACAUGAAUGAAUCUUUGAUGCAUUUCCAGUUCUCCUGCAAUACAAGUCCAAGCUCAGCACCUGACCUUUACAUCAGUGUCACCAAACGGGAGCCCUACCACGUUGCCAUCCCCAUGACAGCCUUCUAUGGCAUUCUAUUUGUCUUUGGGGUCCUAUCCAAUGGUGUUAGCAUGCUUACACUCCUCAAGGAUGCCCGCAUGAAGGCCAGCGCCAUACAGCUCUACCUGCUUAGUCUGGUUCUAUCUGACAUCCUCCAGCUACUGACAAUUCCCAUCACUGUAUACCGUUACUAUUGGGAAAGCUACCCAUGGAGACUUGGAGAACCCUUGUGCAAAGCGUACUUCAUGGUGCGCCAGAUGUACUGUGCCACAACCAGCUGGGUGAUCCUUGCAUUUACUAUCGAGCGCUAUGUGGCCAUCUGUCACACCAUGUGGUCUCUUGCCGGCCUCAGGAAGUCACGACUCCCCUGUCUUCUAGGCUGGAUCUGGCUACUGGCAUUGGGUACUUCAGUGCCAUUUGCCCUCGUCUACAGGCAUGCCCGAGCCUGCAUCCUGGAUUAUGGGGCAACGUCACCUGACACAGCCUUUGUGGUGUCCACCAUGUGUGAGAUGACCGAGGAGGAACCUUCCCCCCUUUACAAGGGAGCACUGCUUCUGAGGGGCAUCCUCUGCUUCUUGGUCCCACUUGUGUGCAUCUUUGCCCUCUACAUACUCAUCAUUACCCACUUCCACUACAACAGCCGCCAGCGCAUGGCCAUGGGCAUCACUAGGGCUGUAAGUGAAGGAGGAAAUCCACAGUGCCACCAGAAUGGGAAGCUGCUGAUUCAGGAGAAACGGGCUUUGCGGCUUAUGGGGGCUGUGGUGGUGACUUUCUUUGUGUGCAACUUCCCUGACAUUGCAUCCUCACUCAUGCAAGUUUAUGUGGACUCGUGGUCAGGGACUGUGUUAACGGUGUAUACGGUGCUCAAGUCCUACCUGUCGCUGCCUCUCUGGUACGUGAACAGUGCACUGGACCCCAUCCUCUUCUGCAUCUCCUCUAAAAUGUUCCGCAAAGCAUGUUGGGAAACUGUGGAGCCUCUCAGACCCCGAUGUCUGCGUGCAUGCAAACACAGAAACCCAAUGCCAGUGACAAACAUGGUCAGCCAGAAUUCCACAGGAGCAGCUAGCACGUCAGCCUGAAGACUCUAAAUGUGCGCUCCAGUUCAGAAAUCUCAGUAUUAAUGUAAAUGAGAAAGAAUUGUACAUUGUACACUGUACACAUUGUUCUAGCUGCUACUGAUGAAAAUGUUUUGUAGGUUUUAUUGGGUAUACAUUGGUUUUAUGUUGUGUGUAGCAGCAUGAUUUUUUUUUUUUUUAUCUGUUCUCUAAACAAUACUCUUAGGCACAAUUGUACUGAUUACUGCAAUGGUCAUUAAAGUAAUAAACAAAGGAUUCCUCAGGGGUUCUUGUAUUGCUAACAGCACAGAAAUGGAAACUAUUUGCUAUCUUCUACAUAGAACCAUUGAGAAUUUCUCUAAAGGGAUUAAAAGAUGAGAGAAUCUUGCUUGUUAUCAAUAGGCAUAAGUGUCUCUUGUAUAAUUUGUGAUUGCUGUUGUUUCUGUUGUUAAAAUUGAAAGAUUACUUCAGCCUGUCUUACAGUUAAAUGUGAAAAUGUGAAGUGUUAUUAAUGAUGAUAUAUUAAUAACGAUUAACAAUGAUCUGUGAUUAUAUUGUGGAUCUUUGGACCUUGCUUUGCUAGAAUGUUACACUGAACAAUUCAGCAUUGGACCCGCACUACCUCUUAACCAGAGACAUAAAAUGUUAUAUUACAAAUGUUAUUUGUUUAAUCCUAGCACUGCGAGAAAAAGAAGAAGCAUGUAGUAAUUUGGAAUUGCAAUCAUUUUAUUAGUUUGCAUGGGCUAAUUCCUCCCAACAAUAAAUUUCUAUUUAUUUAUUUAUUUAUUUUUAGUGUUUUAACUGUUCACUGUGCUUUUUUGUGUGCAGUAUUGUUUGCCUUAAAUGAAACCACCUUUUGUAUUA